GAGCUUGGGAAUCAGUGGUUGCGAGAAGUACUGACCUGACCUUUCCCAUUGAGUGAUAUGGGUGUUCUCUUGAAAAAAACGGUGGUGCCCUGGAUGGCGGUCUUGGUGUCAUGGCUUUCCUUGAGCAGUGCUGCAGCCAUGGCGGACUCAGUUCUAAUUUCCCAGAGAGAAGGAGUUCAUGACCACCAAUUCAACGCAGCACUACUCCUUGAUUAUCCCAAGGUGACAUUCACCACCAGCGGUGUUGUCGCAAAAAAUGACUACAGGCAGUUCUUGAAAUCCAUUCGAGAUCAAGUGGUAAAUCCAGAUGAUAGGAGACAUGGAAUCCCAGUACUUCGCAACCCAGACACAGUGCUUGACAACCAACGGUUUCUCCUAGUGGAACUCUCCAACAAUGCAGAGGAUGUUGUCACGCUGGCCAUAGAUGUCACCAAUAUGUAUGUGGUGGGUUAUCGAGUAGGAGGCGAGUCCUUCUUUUUUCGAGAUGCUCCCGAGGCAGCAUUCACCAAUCUUUUCACAGGCACAAAUCAACAUACUCUCACGUAUGGUAGCAACUAUGCUGACCUCUUGGGGGUUGCAGGUUUGAGUGAUCUUGACAGACUUGAUCCUGGAUUGGGAAUCCAACCAUUGGAUUCAGCCAUUGAUUUGUUGUUCCAUAGGUCCAGCGCCGAGGGGGACCAAGCAAAGGUGGCUCGUUCUCUUAUAAUUUGCAUUUUGAUGAUUUCAGAGGCAGUGAGGUUUCGAUAUGUGGAGCAACAAGUAACCCAAGCCAUUAGAACCCAAGGUCAAGGGACCGUUGUCCCAAAUGGUGCUGUGGUCCGCCUCGUGCGGCGUUGGGAUCGCCUCUCUGAAUCCAUUCAACAGUCCGACGAAGAUGGGUCCUUUCCAGAAGUUGAUUUACAGAGAGGUGAUUAUACACAUUUCACAGUGAGCAAUGUGAUGCCUGACCUAGUUGCCAUCAUUGGGAUCAUGUUGUACAUUUGUGAAAAACCACCAACAACUCAAUCUUCCCUUCUCAUAAGGCCUAUUGUGGAUGCAUAUAAUGAUCAUACUUGCACAGAAGAAGAGCUCACGGUGCGCAUCGCAGGUCGAAAUGGGUUGUGCGCAGACGUGAAGGGUGGGUUUUUCAACAAUGGCGACCCGAUAAUUUUGUGGCCGUGUAAAUCCAAUGAAGACGAGAAUCAAUUGUGGACCAUGAAAAAAGACGGGACUAUUCGAUCUAAAGGCAAGUGCUUGACUACUUAUGGGUAUAGUGCAGGAAAUUAUGUCAUGAUAUACGAUUGUGCUAGUGCCGUAACUGAAGCUACUCAUUGGGAAAUUUGGACCAACGGAACCAUCAUAAAUCCCAAAUCGUCACUUGUUUUAAGUGCAGAGUCAGGAAAUAGUGAUACUACACUCACUGUGCAGGUCAAUAAUUAUUCCUCUCGUCAAGGUUGGCUUGCGACCAUUGAUUCAAAUCCUUUUGUGAGGACCAUUGUUGGGUUUCAAGAUCUUUGCAUGCAAGCAAAUGGGAAUGCAGUGUGGUUAGAGGAAUGUGUGGACCAAAAGGCCGAACAACAAUGGGUCCUCUAUCCGGAUCGCUCUAUAAGGCCUAAUCAAAAUCGAGACCUUUGUCUUUCUUACUCUGAAAAUCAAAGUGAAGAUCUCACUAUCGUCAAUAUUGCAAGUUGUAGUUCCGCGUCAUCUCUUGAACGAUGGAUAUUUAGAAAUGAUGGCACUAUUUUGAACCUAUAUCUUGGAUUGGUGAUGGAUGUGAGAAGGUCUGAUCCAAGUCUCCACCAAAUAAUUAUGUACCCAUCCACCGGAAAUCCUAACCAAAAGUGGUUUCCAAUAUUUUGAUUACUCCUAGUUGACAUCUAUCAGUUUAAAUAAAAACAUCAAUAUAUUGAUGUUGCCUUUGUAUCGUAAGUUUAUAUUAAUAUGGUGAAUGACUAAGUGCUCAACUAUAAGAGCAUAUGUUAUGAUCUAUUAAAAAGGCAAUGAUAAAUGUCUUAAUUUGAAGAUA